GAGAGAGGCAGGGACUGGCAGAAUAGUUGACAUGUGAUCAGGACUCCCGAGCAGCCAAACCAUUCACCCUGGAUACAACAUCAGCAGCAGCAAGAGAGAGUGAGAAGGAGCUAAAAAGAGACAGAAGGAGCCAGAGAGAGAGACAGAAGGAGCUGGAGAGAGAGACAGAAGGAGCUAGAGAGAGACAGAAGGAGCUAGAGAGAGACAGAAGGAGCUAGAGAGAGAAGCAGAAGGAGCUAGUUAGUCAGGGAUGUGGUGUGUGAGAUGAGAAGAGGCUAUAGUGGUCGUGCCCUCAUCACUGGGAUUCUACUAUUUUCAGAGAGUGGGAAUAUGGAGAGAGUGCUCUAAAAGAGAUACGCCUGUCGCUUGGAAUAAGAUACAACACACACACACUACACACAUACACACCCAGCGUUGCCAUGGGGGGCUCCCUCAGUCAGCACAGGAAGAGCUCCUUCAGCUCCCUGAGAAAGAAGAGCAGCAUUUCGGACUCAGAAGGGAACUUUGAGACCCCAGAGGCGGAGUCUCCUGGUCUGCUGAAUGACCUGACCCAGCUGGAUAACUCUGCCCACACGGUCCUCACCAAAGAUGUCGGACAGCUGACGCCCCGCCUCCUCCUGGACAGAAACUCCAAUCAGGAUGUUUAUCCCACGUCCCUACAGGAAGUCCAAGAUGCCCUAAACAACCUCAAUAGCUCCUCUCCUUCUCUGAGUGGAGCAGGUUUAGACCAGAACCUGAACCUGAGGUUGAUCUCAAGACCUGGAGAAGGAGAUGGUCUCUCCCCGUCCCCUCUGCCCCAGCCCCGCGCCCUACGCCCUGCCUCGCUCCCUGUCCACAACUUCCCUGACCCCGCAGAGGUUGAUGACAUUUCUCCUAUCACCUAUGACCCCAACGGCAACAUGAACUCUGACCCCAAAAGCCUGACCCCUGAACUGGACAGACCGGACUCAGACAGACAGUCACCUAGGAUGAGCACGGACAUCACGAACUCCUAUAAAGUGAAGAAGCUGGACAACCAGACUCCGUUACAGAACACCAGUGGAGAGGACAACGACCAUCGCAAAGGUCAUGCUACAGAUGAGGAGAAGCUAGCCAGCACAACAGGACUCGGAGCUGAUGGAGACCACAAUGAGCUGAAUGUGUCAGCCAGACCAGAGGAGUCAGACUGCUGUUCUAUGUAUGAGGACCCCUGCCAGCUGAAGAAUGCCAAGCUGGGAGGAAGUAACACGCAGAAGAAGACAGGAAGUGAGGUUCUAGACGCCAUUUGCAUCAGCGAGGAGGAGAAAAUGGCUGUUCUCACCCUUAUCAGAGAGGAGAUCAUCACUAAGGAGACGGAGGCCAGUGACUGGAGGAGAAAGUAUGAGGACAGCAGACAGGAAGUCAUGGAGAUGAGGAAAAUUGUGGCAGAGUAUGAGAAGACCAUCGCCCAGAUGAUUGAGGACGAACAGCGCAACACCCUGAGCGCCCAGAAGUCUUUGCAGGCUGUAACCAUGGAGAAGGAGUUGGCGCUAGCGGACCUGAACUCUGUAGAGCGCUCGCUGUCUGACAUGUUCCGCCGCUAUGAGAACAUGAAGAGCACCCUGGACGGCUUCAAGAAGAAUGAGGAGGUGCUGAAGAAGUGUGCUCAGGAGUAUCUGGCCAGAGUCAAGCAGGAGGAGCAGAGAUACCAGACGCUCAAACUCCACGCCGAGGAGAAACUAGACCAGGCUAAUCAGGACAUAGCCCAGGUACGCAGCAAGGCCAGCUCUGAGAGUGUUGCUCUGACCGCCAGCCUGAGGAAGGAGCAGAUGAGGGUGGACUCUCUGGAGAGAGCCCUGCAGCAGAAGGCCGAGGAAAUCGAGGAGCUCACCAAGAUCUGUGACGAGCUCAUCGCCAAGAUGGGCAGAACAGACUGAGGCAGAUUCCAUACAUCCAAAUCAUUCAAUCUUGACCCGCCGAGAAAUCCCUGCCUACAACCUAUGGCAUACUCUGCCCUGUGCAUGCAUCCAGCGAAUGAGCAGUUCUGUUUUCCCUUGGGGCGUCUGUCUCUAAUGCUGCUGUACUGGUCCGAUGUCAUAUGAUAACCCAUUUUCUCUUGAGUAGUGUACCCUAUGGAGAAUAGGGUGUCAUUUGAGCCAGAGAUUGUUACAUGUGGACUGUUUUUUGUUUUGGUCAUUUUCGCCAUGCAAGACCAAAUCCCUUACUCCCUCCAUCUGUCGUUCUGUCCUGUAACACAAAUAUAAUGUGCUGUCUAGGCAUUGCAUUGAUUUGGGCUUAUUUACCUGACGAUAACAUUUUGUGGAGCACUUAUUAAUAGAUUGUAUAUAAACACCCUGGCUGAGAUGUACUGUACAUAUUUAUUCUGAACACUAGGAGACUAGGGUGGAACCAGGUAGACACGCUCUCAGACAGUUAGAGGUCAGGGGUGAGCUGUGUUUGACCCUUCUGUAUGACUACACUAUUACAGGGAGGGAGGAUAUGGAUGUAGGGUUUAGGAUGCACUGCUAUUGAUAGGGGUCGUGUGGGGCGUUGUCCUGGAAAGUAUAAAUCUUUUCUCCUGUCUGUAAUGAGGCCUUGUGUUAGCAGUGGAGGAGGGGCUGUAGGUCUACUGUAUAGUCUGCUCUGUGUGGUCUUGGACAGGUUUAGAUCACCUCCAGCAUAACUGCACAGGGGAGGACUUCUCGCUGUCCUAAACUCCACCUGGUUAGUGUUUGUCUCAGGCCAGUGUGUUGGAGCAGAGAGUAGAAUACUCAGUAACUCAAUCUGGAAAUGGUGCAUUUAAUACAAAGACUAUAUAUUUUGUAUAUGUUCAAGCAUACUGUAAACUGGAAGUGUUUGAAUGACUGUGGCUGUUAUUUUUAGUUCAGAAUUUUAAAAAUGCUCAGAAUAUCCUACUCAUGUUCCCCUCUGGCCACUGACAUGCACAGCAGCUGUAGUGUCCAGGUGUGAAACGUUAUGCCAUGGCGGUAGAGGGAACUGUUCCAGGAUUACUUGAACUCCCAUUGACCCCGGUCCAAUGUAGUGCACUAUAUAGGGCUCUGGUCUAAUGUAGUGCACUAUAUAGGGAAUAGGGCUCUGGUCUAAUGUAGUGCACUAUAUAGGGAAUAGGGUGCCCUUUGGGACACAGUAUGUUUUACUUCAGCACCUAUUUAGUGGCAUGGAAAGAUAACGUUUCUCUUAUUCACUGCUUGACUGUUCUCUGCUGAACUGGGUGUGUUAAAAGCUCGUCACCCCUGUGGAGAGUCACACCGCCUCACAGUACUUGUUCCCUCUCCGCCAUACUGCUCUGUAGACGUCCAUAGUUCAACAAGAUGCAUUAUAAACUGAGUGGUUCCAGACCUGAAUGCUGAUUCGUUGACAGCCGUCUCUAUCAUGCACAUUUUUGCAUCAUUCUGCAGUUGCGUUGCCUCCAGCGUCAUUGACGGUUUCGUUAAACAUUGUUUUUUUAAACGUGUCACCGAUCUCUUUUUUUGAAUUGUCAUUAUUUGUGAAGUGGUAAUAAGAAAAGUACAGCUAUGUUGACUAAUACGGUAUAUGCAGUGUGUCCUGAGUAAACAAGAUUGCAGUAAUAAAGGAGUGUGUUCUCAUGG